AUGAACAAUAACAACCAGGAUCCCCCUUCUGCUAUCACAGGCGGAUGUCUCUGUGGUGCUAUUCGGUACACCGUCAACUUUAACGAAGAGUACCCAUGGCCACCAAUUUCAUCAGCAUGCCAAUGUACCAUGUGUCGCAAAUGGACGUCUUCCCUGGUCGCCCAAUUCCUUGUCAUAUCCCCGAAGCAAAUUAGUCCAGCACUAAACACUUUCCUGUCAUUCAAAGAGUACAUUUCCUCGCCAGGCCGGUUCCGUGGUUUCUGCGGUGACUGUGGUGCGUCAAUCGCAUGGCGCUCAGCUGACUACACCCCAAUAUUUGAUCUGUACUUGGGGACGCUGGAUGAGAAAUACCUGGUCGGAGAUGGCGUCGUGGCUAAGACCCUCGCAACUCCGAACGGAACCCAAUACUGGCUGCAGAAUGCCGUUCAUGGGGUUACUGAUGUGCUUGAGGGUGGGAAGAAGUACAGUGAAGAAGGCCCCGACGGUAUACGUGAAGCCAAUGAAACGGUAGCCCCCUAA